AUGAAUGAUUUCGAACAAUUAGAAAGACUUUCAUUAGUCAAUAGUAUAACCAAAGAACUUUAUAAUCAUAUAGGAUUACAAGACAAAACCUUAGCAGAAUAUUUAAUUUCAUUACACGAAGAAUCCAAAAGUUUUGAAGAAUUUAAAGUCAAAUUAAAUGAAGUAGGAGCCGAAUUUCCCGAAAGUUUUAUUACCAAUAUGGAUAGAUUAGUUUUAAGUUUACAUCCAAAGUAUCAAAAAUCAAAAUCAAAUGAAAAUCAAAUUAUUAAAGAAGAUCAAAAUCAUUUAGAAGAUUCACAAAAAAGAAAAGAUAGAUCACUUUUUCCUGGAUUAGCUAUACCAGAUGUUGAUUGGCAACCAAGUUAUGUUCCAGAUCUUAAAACAAAAUCAACAUCAAAAGAUUUAAAUGAAGAGAGUGUGGAUGAUUUAAUGAACGAAUUAGAAAACAAACGUAAAGGAUUACAAGCUGUAAUAGAAGAAGAGGAGGAAGAAGAAACCCACAACCAUUCAAAAGGAAAAGGACGCGAUCGUGAUCAAGAUGAUCGAAGAGGAAGACAAAACCUUUCGAUCAGUCCUCCUCGUAUACGAAAUCAGCAUCAAGAUCGAUAUGAACGUGAACGUGAACGUGAUCAAGGGUAUAAUAAUAGAGGUCGAAAUCAAGACAGAAAUCAUCGCAGAAACCCAUUAGAUCCCAAACCAAUCUUAUUUAAAAUUUAUCAAGGAACAGUCACAUCAGUAAAAGACUAUGGCUGUUUUGUUUCGUUAGAAGGAAUUUCAGAAAGAUCAGAAGGAAUGGUACAUGUGAAUCUAAUCACUUCUACUCGAAUCAAUCAUCCAUCUGAUCUAGUUUCAAGGAAUCAAAAAGUUAAAGUUAAAGUCAUGUCAAUUGUAGGAACUCGACUUUCGUUAUCUAUGAAAGAUGUCGAUCAAAACACCGGUGCAGAUCUUUCACCUCAACUAAGGAUCAAAUCAGAAGCUGAAAUGGCAGAAGAAGCUGCACAGUAUGCUGCAAGACAUGCUACUGGUGCUAACAGUACAAGUACUUCUAAAACCUUUGCUGAUGAUCAUCGAAGUAGUGCUCGUAGAUUAACUUCACCUGAACGAUGGGAAAUCAAACAAAUGAUUGCGUCUGGAGCGGCAAGUGCAGCUGAUUAUCCUAAUCUAGAUGAUGAUUUGAUUACACCUGGUAGUACGAUGGGAAUGGCAGCAGCAGCUCAAGCCGAAGAAGAAUUAGAUGUCGAGAUUCGAGAAGAUGAAGCACCCUUCUUAAAAGGAGCCCAUCGAAGAGUCUUAGAUUUAAGUCCAGUGAAGAUUCUAAAGAAAGAAGAGAAUUACGUCAACAAGAAGCGAAUGAAAGAGCGGAUGCCGAAACGCAAGAUACGAAGAUAA